GAGAGAGGGAGAGAGAGAGAACUCUACUUUUUCAGCACGAGUUUUCUAGUCAGCUGCUUUUAUAGCUCUGGUCGAUUAGGUUCACAUGAUCAGCUGAUAGUUCUCAUUUAUAAUCAGUCUGAGUAGCAGCCACAACGUCUUUCUUACACUUACAUGCUCUUACACUCUGUCCUGCUUUCACUCUCACUCAUUUGUUCUUGUCUCAUUCAAAGUUCCCUUAAUCAUCUUUUUAGUGAGACCUCAGGAUAAACUCAUGGCUACAAAAAAAAAGAGCAGGGACAACUAUUCAUUUGAUAAUAAGAGCAUGGUAAAUCAUUUCUGUGGGUUGACUAAUGACCAGGAAGCAGCUUUAUCAGAGGAGGACAGUAGAGACAAACUAGCUUAUUGUGUAACUGACAUACCACCGUGGUACCUAUGCAUCAUCCUAGGAAUUCAGCACUUUCUGACAGCGUUUGGUGGAAUUGUUGCCAUCCCACUGAUUCUGUCUCAGGGUCUGUGUCUGCAGCAUGAUGGACUCACUCAGAGCCACCUGAUCAGCACCAUCUUCUUUGUUUCAGGAAUUUGUACCUUAUUGCAGGUCACCCUGGGGGUUAGGUUGCCUAUUCUUCAAGGUGGGACCUUCUCUCUUCUUGCACCCACAACAUCCUUGCUGUCCAUGCCGGAUUGGGUCUGUCCUGCCUGGACACAGAAUGCCACUCUGGUCAACACAUCCUCCCCUGAAUUCAUCGAUGUCUGGCAAAGUCGCAUACGGGUGAUCCAGGGUUCCAUCAUGGUGGGCUCCCUGUUCCAGGUGCUGGUGGGAUUUUCCGGUAUUAUUGGUCUGUUCAUGAGGUUUAUUGGUCCUCUGACAAUUGCACCCACCAUCUCUCUUAUUGGCCUUUCUUUGUUCGACUCGGCUGGCAUGAAUGCAGGAAGCCACUGGGGAAUCUCAGCCAUGACAACAUGUUUAAUUGUGCUGUUUUCCCAGUAUCUCCGCUACAUUGCCAUUCCUCUCCCUGCAUACAGCAAGGCCAAAAAGUUUCACAUCUCCAAGAUAAACAUCUUUCAGAUUCUUCCAGUCCUCCUAGGAAUCACAGUUUCAUGGCUCAUCUGUUACUUGCUGACUGUCUAUAAUGUCCUCCCAUCUGAUCCACAGCAGUAUGGGUACCUUGCUCGCACAGACAUUAAAGGAGAUGUAAUGGGGACCGCACCUUGGUUCAGGUUUCCAUAUCCAGGCCAGUGGGGCUUACCAACUGUGAGUCUGGCAGGGGUGUUAGGAAUCCUGGCAGGAGUCAUAUCCUCCAUGAUUGAGUCAGUAGGUGACUACCAUGCUUGUGCCAGGUUAAGUGGUGCUCCACCUCCACCCAAGCAUGCAAUCAACAGGGGGAUUGGGAUUGAAGGCCUGGGCUGCCUGUUAGCCGGAGCCUGGGGAACGGGCAAUGGAACCACUUCUUAUAGCGAGAACGUAGGUGCACUGGGCAUCACUAAGGUUGGCAGCCGCAUGGUGAUUGUUGCCAGUGGUGUCAUUAUGAUCAUAAUGGGACUGUUUGGGAAAAUUGGAGCCAUUUUUAGCACAAUCCCAACACCUGUCAUUGGAGGGAUGUUUUUAGUUAUGUUUGGAGUCAUAACUGCAGUUGGUAUCUCCAAUCUACAGUAUGCAGAUAUGAACUCUUCUCGUAACAUCUUUAUCUUUGGCUUCUCGAUGUUUACGGGACUUGUCAUUCCAAACUGGAUAAUAAAAAAUCCUGAUGUCUUAAACACAGGUAUAGUGGAGUUGGAUCAAGUGCUGCAGGUUCUUCUAACAACCAGCAUGUUUGUUGGAGGAUUUUUUGGAUUCGUUCUUGAUAACACUAUCCCCGGAACAAAACAGGAGCGGGGCAUAAUCUUCUGGAAUAAGGCCCACGAAGAUGAGUCCGAAAACACUGUGGAAAGUGAGGAGGUCUAUGGCCUUCCCUGGGGCAUCAGUUCUCGUCUUGCAUCCUACUCCUGGGUUAGAUAUAUACCUUUUUGCCCCUCUUAUAAAACCAGACCACAGGAUGACACAUCCAGCAACACAAAUGGGAAGAAGGAGUCUUGCAAAGAUAACACACAUGUCAUAGUAGCAGUGGCACUGUAAUCAUCCAUGUGGACUCUUCAUGAGGAAACAUUCAUGAGGACUUACAUUUUUCAGCCUUCAUUUUCAAUAAAUUUAUGCUAUAUCCUUAUAUGGAAGCAAACCUGUGAAAGCUGAGGCCA